GGAAACGCUCGUAAAAUGUUUACUUCAUGUUUUUACCGUCAGUUAGGCAUUUGGGACAUCGAGUCAGUGUGAAAUAUAGCAGAACACCGAAUACUGACACGGCACAUCACGUUAUACAGUCUGCAAUGUGCAUGACGACACGGCAAACAGCAGCGGGCUUCCUGAUAAGUUUCGAUUUCCAUCCUAUAUAAACUGCCGAAGCUGUUGUGAGAAUCAGUUGGGUGUUGGAGCUGCGAGCCUUCAGACAUGAAGAAGAAGAAGCUGUUGACCGUGGUUGGGGUUACAGCAGGUGCAGCCUCUGCAGUGUUGCUGGCUCCUGUUGCUCUCACAGCAGCUGGUUUCACCUCCGCAGGCAUCGCUGCCGGUUCACUAGCCGCCAGCAUGAUGUCCUCAGCUGCCAUAGCCAACGGGGGCGGAGUCGCUGCCGGCAGUUUGGUGGCUGUUCUUCAGUCAGCAGGUGCUGCAGGCCUGACGGCAGGUAUGACAGCAGCUGUAGGAUCUGUAGGUGCAGCGGUGGGUGGAGUAACUGGAUGGCUGUUUGGACGUGACAACAAGCCACAAAAACCUCCUUCCUCUCUCCCUCCAGACCACAAGAGUGAAUCUUCUUCUAGUGACGAUGAGGAUGACGAAGAAGGUCUUAUCAGCUGGUCUCCUUCUACAGAGCUGCAGAAGUGAUAUACAGAGUCUCACGAUGAAACCUUUCGUGCUUUUGUGCACCACAACACAUUUGGGCUCUUCAUUUUGUAGUAUUGUCUGUCAAAAUAAACUCUGAACCUUUAA